AUGCCAGAGCUUGUGUGCAUCAGCGAAUUCUUCACUGCUCUUGCCAUUUGCAACACAGUUGUUGUUUCCGAUCCUGAACAACCACGUCACAAGGCUGUGUUGGCAAGCGAUUUUGCUAUUUCUCAGUUCAAACAACUCAGCAAGCUGCUCUUUGUCCAUGGCCACUGGUGCUACACCCGAUUGGCUAAUAUGGUCCUUUACUUUUUCUACAAGAAUUUGCCGUACGUGAGAUCAGCCUUUGCAGGCAACAUAGCAGAUGCUUUUUAUCAAAGCUUUGUUUGCUUUUUUAUCCCUUACUUUACCUUCCUUAACUCUGACAUUGACAUCUACUCUUUUGGUAAUGUAAUGAACACUUCUAUGUUCUUUAUCAUCAUGUUACACCUCGUCAUUGAGAGUAAAACUUUGAACUGGAUACACUGGGUUGUUUUAGCUGGUAGCGUCCUUUUGUUCUUCAUGAUUAAUGGGACUUUUGGAGCUACCUGCAUCCUCUGCAAUCCACCAGCCAACCAGUACUGGAUUAUGGAGAGACAGAUGUCUAAUCCAGUGGUGUAUCUGAUCUGCUUCAUCACAGUUAUCGUGGCUCUUCUUCCAAGGUUUAUGUUCAGGGUGAUCCAAUCCACCGUAUUCCCAAAUCCGCUGGUGGAAGCCAGGCAGCUUGAAGGAACGGCCCUUAAAGGAGGGAAGCGUUUGCUCCACAAUCCAAGAGUAGUCCCAGUGUGA